ACUUCUUAUCAUAGUUCUUCAAUUGGUAAAUUUAACCAUCUUUUUUCUUGCAUGGGAUUACUGUCACGCACGGAAAAGAGAAAACAAGGAGCUCAUCCUUUUGGUUUGCACUUGGGGGAAAACAGAACUUCACCAGCAGAUGGUUUCCUCCGAGACUGUUAGGGAUUUUCACUUGUUCACCUUUUCCUUUCAGCAGAGGUGCAAGGGAAUUCCAUCCAGAAGAAGGCAUGCAUGUGUUUUAUGUUUCCUUGCUUUAUGUUCAACAAUAGCUGGUAAGAACAGAUGUGAUAAUGGAAAAACUGAUGUUGAAACGUCUACCCUUCUGCUGCAGGAUCAGUCUAGCAGUGGUAACCAAGGACCAAGGCAAAGUGUUGCUGCUUUAACUGCCUUGACUUCUGGAUUUAAUACUUCUUCCGGGAGAACAUGCUCUCUGGAGUUGAAGCUUUAUCAACACUUCUUCAUGUUGUGUCUUGGAUGGGAAGAGAGGAAGCUAGCCCAAUAAAUAUCCUUUAUUCCUAUCUACGUAUUCUAUUUGUUGAAGGUUGUCGAUAAUUCUAGAUACAUAUAGAUUUUGAUGUUCCAAGAUUUGGAUUUUCACGUUCCUUCUGUUCUUCAGAGAGUUAAUGUUAUGUUGGAAGUUCUUUGUGAUUAGUUGGGCAAAGUGAUUGUAUAUAUCAGUUGUUUCGGCUCUUGAUUAUGUGGGUUCACUUCUUUGUGUUAGGUACUCUUUAUUAUAGAGUGUUCAUGUUUUCACGCUUGCUUUAGGUCGCUUAGGAGGAUGGUUUUGUAUUAGUUGUUUCCUGAACUCUGUUUAGUUGUUUAUGUUAUUUGACUAAAUGUUUUCUUAGAGU